AUGUACCGCCGCGCCGGAGCUCCUCGCACGUCCGUGCGCAGCCAGCGCAAGGUGGACCAGCCGCAACAGAGCAGGAAGAAGGCGCCGCACCCGGUGAUUGGCGUCUCGUCGGUUCCACUGUCCAGCCGCUUCACGCACCUGGCCGACGAGCCGGCGCCACGGGCGGUGAAGAAACAGCAGCACCAGGUGGCGGUCGUCAAGAUGCCGCUGAAGAAAGGCAAGACGCAGCCGGUACUGCGCGUGACCAACGGAAGAAAGAAGGUCAAGGCAGAGGGCAAAGGUCCCGUGAAGCAGGUGGCGCAGCGCCAGCAGCAGCAGAAGAAGAAGCUGCAGCAGGUCAGCCAGAACAACCGCAGCAAACGCCAGCAGGUCAUCAGUAAGCACCGAAAGGAACUCCCGCCCCAGGAGUCAAAGAUCAAAGGAGUCCAGGCCAAGCAAAAGCAUGGACCUGCCGAGGUACAUGGAGGAAGAGGCGCGGGCCGUGGAGGUCGCGGAGGACGAGGAGGUCGCGGCGGUCGGGGUGGACGUGGAGGCGUGAAGGGCAAACUUCCGUCGGGAGAAGAUCUCGACAUGGACAUGGACGAGUACUGGCAUGAAGCUGGCAAAGGCCCGGAUCCCAAGGCCGUCCAGUUGGACCGCCAGAUGGAGGCGUACUGGGCUGCUAAGCCGACAAGUGUCAACGAGGCUGCCAAGACGGAAGCAGCUUUCGACACGACCAUGGAAACCUAA